AUGUUAUAAAAUUAACUUUACUGCAAUAAUUAAAACCCUCCUUUAAUAAACUAAAAUAAUUAAUUAUUAAUAUAUUAAAAUACUAAUAAUCCAAGCAAUUAAAUUUAAGUAAUAACCAAUAAUUAAUCAAAUGAAAAUAUACAAAUAAAUAAUUUCGCGUAAACUAACAAUUAAGUAAUACCUAACACUUAAACAACUCCAAACAAUAUCUCAAUAAACGUAUAUAAUAGAAAUAAUAAUUCGGUCCAACUAGAUUAUUAAAAUUAAACAAAUGUAAUAAAAAAUGAAUUUCCUUAAGAUAUAAAAAAUAAAUAUUAUACGUUUAAAAAAUAAAACUAUCCAAAUACAGUAGACUAUAAUGCUCCUUACAUGAAAAUACAAGUAAUGAAAACAAAUUAAAAUAAUAAUCAGAAUACUAUUUAUUAUAUCACUCCUUAAGGAAUGGUAGCAUCAAAAAAAAAUACUGAAACAAAUGAUAUUAUUAUUGGAAGAUAAGAUUCUACUAAAGAUCCUGAAAAUAGUAUUGAAGUUCAUCCUAAUGAUAUUGUUCUUCCUAAUACUGAUAGAGCUAUUUCAAGAAUUCAUUGCAAAAUUAUUUAUAAGGAUGGUUUUAAUGUUCCAAAAAAAAUUAGUUUAGAUUUCUUCACUUUCCUUAAAGGAACAAAAAAAAAUAAUAAAUUCUCUUCACUUAUUUCGUUCCCUGAGCAUGUGCUUAGAAUUAUCUGGAAAUUUAUUAAACCUAAGUCAGCGUUUUAUUUAGUUGAUAUUGGAAGUGCUUAAAGUACCUUUACUAAAAUAAAAUUUGAUUAUCCUUAAAAACUUGAAAAAGGACAAGUUUUUUUAAUUGGAGCAGAAACAUAAUUCCAUGUAGUUGAUGUUGAUAACUAUUCAUAAUAAAAAAAUGUCAUAAAAAAUACAGAUAGUAUGGAUGUAGAAAUAGAAGCUGAAGAAAAUAGAGGAGAAGAAGAUUUUAAAUUUACAAAUUAUUUGUUACAAGAAAAAACGAACUCCUCAAUAAUCCAUGGAUUAACAGAAUAAGAAUUAUAAAAAAUAUAAGCUUUGUAAACAAAGAGAAUAUAUAAUUACACUCAAUAAAGUGCUUUGGAGAUUUUUAAAAUUAAAAAAAGACCUUUUGUGAAAUUAAUAAUAAAUUUAAAUCAACCAUAAAAUCAUAUUUUUAUUUAUAAUGAAAAUUUAUAAGAUAAUACUUACAAAAUAGGAAGAUCUUAAGAGUGCUCUGUUUAAAUAAAUAUUAAUACAAUCUCAAGAAAAUAAACCACUAUAUAAUAUAUUGAUAAUUAAUGGUUUAUAAAAGAUGGAGACACUAUAAGAGAAAGCGCUAAUGGAACUUGGAUGUCCUUACAUGAUUAUAGAGAAAGAAAUUAACCUAGAAAAGAAAGCUAGCCAAAGGAAAUUACUAAUGGCUCUGAAAUUAAAAUUAGCGAAUCAAUCCUUAAAAUAGAAAUUGUUAAUAAUUAACCUAAGAAAAAUAUUUGUAAAUAAAAUAUUUUUAUAGAUGAAGAAUAAUUUAGCUUUUCUGAUAAUGAUGUGGAAUCUGAUCUUAGUAAUAUUACUGAUUAUUGAACAUAAAAUUUAUGUAUCAUGAUAAUAUUUGAAAUACUAAUAUAUAAUUUUAAAUCGAAUCAUAUGUUAAUAAAUUAUAA